CGCAACACAAUGGAAAUUACUGCCCACAAGGAAAUCAUUGUGCUCACCCUCGGGGCGCUGGUGGUGGGGGUGUGCACGGUGCUCAUGCUGCCAGACUUCUGGUACGCGGUGGCGUUCGCCCGCACGCUGGCGAAGGCGGUGCAGGAGUGGCAGGACUCCGGCCCCCACAACACACUCUUGGGCAGGGCACGGGAGCACCUCGCCGCCGCCGGGUGGCUCGCCGCUCCACGGGACCCCCUCGUGGAGUGCGGCCUCCCCAGCGGCGGUGGGUGGAAACAGCUGCUGCAGCUGAUGCUGCACACAGAGGCAAGUCUGACCUGCAUGGAGAGGCAGGUCCUGCUGGCCCAGGAGGAGCACUUGGCCUUCAGGGCCACCGUCCUGCUGGCCGUGGCAUGCUUUACUCUCACGGUCAGCCUGCUGGGCUGGACCUGGGCGCGGCACAAACUCGUGCGGCGCAGCGAACACCGGAAGGACGACGACCUGUUCCCCGGUGGUGAGGGCGAGGCGCCGAGCUACGAAGACGCCGCGGCUAAACAAAGUGACGGAGCAGAAGAGGCCAGCGAGUGUGCCGGCCAGGGCCAGGCCGAGGCGCCGAGCUACGAAGACGCCGCGGCUAAACAAAGUGACGGAGCAGAAGAGGCCAGCGAGUGUGCCGGCCAGGGCCAGGCCGAGGCGCCGAGCUACGAAGACGCCGCGGCUAAACAAAGUGACGGAGCAGAAGAGGCCAGCGAGUGUGCCGGCCAGGGCCAGGCCGAGGCGCCGAGCUACGAAGACGCCGCGGCUAAACAAAGUGACGGAGCAGAAGAGGCCAGCGAGUGUGCCGGCCAGGGCCAGGCCGAGGCGCCGAGCUACGAAGACGCCGCGGCUAAACAAAGUGACGGAGCAGAAGAGGCCAGCGAGUGUGCCGGCCAGGGCCAGGCCGAGGCGCCGAGCUACGAAGACGCCGCGGCUAAACAAAGUGACGGAGCAGAAGAGGCCAGCGAGUGUGCCGGCCAGGGCCAGGCCGAGGCGCCGAGCUACGAAGACGCCGCGGCUAAACAAAGUGACGGAGCAGAAGAGGCCAGCGAGUGUGCCGGCCAGGGCCAGGCCGAGGUGGCGGGGAAAGAAGAAAUCUCUGCUCAGAAGGAAGAUGAGGGUGUCCUCCCUCCACAACAGGAGGAAGUCAUCCCCCAACAGGAGAAACAGAAAUUCCACCCCGCGCAGGAGGCUGCCGGCCUGGAGGCUCUUGCUGAGCAGGAUGAGGCUGUUCCUCAGCAAGAGGAGGCUGUUCCUCAGCAAGAGGAGGCUGUUCCUCAGCAAGAGGAGGCUGUUCCUCAGCAAGAGGAGGCUGUUCCUCAGCAAGAGGAGGCUGUUCCUCAGCAAGAGGAGGCUGUUCCUCAGCAAGAGGAGGCUGUUCCUCAGCAAGAGGAGGCUGUUCCUCAGCAAGAGGAGGCUGUUCCUCAGCAAGAGGAGGCUGUUCCUCAGCAAGAGGAGGCUGUUCCUCAGCAAGAGGAGGCUGUUCCUCAGCAAGAGGAGGCAGGCCAACAGGUAACGCCGCUGCCGCUGCCGCGCCUGCGCAGCCCCGACCGGCGGGACAUCCUGGGCAGGCGCUGGCUGUCUGAUGACGUCAUGGACCUGGCCCAGGAGCUGCUGCAGCGCCAGUUCCCGAACACUGGCGGCCUGUACGCCUGCGGCGCAGCCUUCACCCUGCCGCCCCUGCAGCCCGGCAACGCGGCGCUCUUCCUGCAGGUGGUGAACCGGUCCACGCCGAUGAGCCUCGCCUCCAUGGCGGACUACGGCCGCGCGGGGGGCAGCCACUGGCUGCUGCUGUCCUCGUAUGGCGCUGGGCGGCCCGGCCAGCUGGCGGUAUAUGACUCUCUCUACGACACGCUCUCGACCUCCACAGCCGCCCUGGUGCGGCAGCUGCAGGAGCUGCACGCCCCGCCGCCAGGGGUCGUCGUGCGGCCCGUGCAGCGCCAGCGGGACGGCUACAGCUGCGGCCUCUUCGCCCUGGCCUUCGCCUUCAGCAUCGCCCACGGCCAAGACCCGUGCCGCCUGCGCUACGUGCGGGCCCGCAUGGCGAGCCACCUGCUAUCGUGUCUGGAGCGCGGCACUGUGACCCCCUUCCCCAGCGAGCCAAAGGGAACACUUGGCUAAACACCUUAACUUUCUUAGGACAACAAGGAAGGAUGGUUACUCUCAGGAAGGAUGUUUACUCUCAAGGAAUGAUGUUUACUUUCAAGGAAUGAUGUUUACUUUCAAGGAAUGAUGUUUACUUUCAAGGAAUGAUGUUUACUUUCAAGGAAUGAUGUUUACUUUCAAGGAAUGAUGUUUACUCUCAAGGAAUGAUGUUUACUCUCAGGAAUGAUGUUUACUCUCAAGGAAUGAUGUUUACUUUCAGGAAUGAUGUUUGCUCUCAAGGAAUGAUGUUUACUCUCAAGGAAUGAUGUUUACUCUCAGGAAUGAUGUUUA